AUGCAGGAUACGCUGCUGCUGGGCUCAGAGGGCAUCAAGAAAACCAUCUUGCAUGGAGGGACCGGAGACAUUCCAAAAUUUAUAACCGGGGCAAAGGCCACCUUUCACUUUCGCACCCAACUGUGUGAUGCUGAACGUACAGUGAUAGAUGACAGCAAAGUGGUCGGAACGCCCAUGGAGAUAGUGAUUGGCAACAUGUUUAAACUGGACAUCUGGGAGACCCUGUUGUCCUCCAUGAGGAUUGGUGAGGUGGCCGAGUUCUGGUGUGACACCACUCACACCGGCGUUUACCCGCUCGUGUCCAAGAGCAUGCGACACAUUGCAGAAGGCAAAGACCCAGCUGACUGGCACAUCCAUACUUGUGGCAUGGCCAACAUGUUCGCCUACCACAGCCUUGGUUAUGAUGACUUGGAUGAACUGAUGAAAGAACCAAAGCCACUCUACUUUGUCCUGGAGCUGCUCAAGGUGCAGCAGCCCAGUGAAUACAACAGGGAGUCGUGGGCUCUGAGUGAUGAGGAGAGGCUGAAGGCGGUGCCGGUGUUGCAUGGCCAGGGGAACAAACUUUAUAAACAGGGACGCUACCAAGAGGCCACUCAGAAGUACAAAGAGGCCAUCAUCUGCAUCAAGAAUGUUCAGGCCAAGGAGAGGGCAUGGGAGGUCCUGUGGCUGAAACUGGAGAAGAUGGCCAACACCUUAACCCUCAACUACUGCCAGUGUCUACUGCGCAUGGAAGAGUACUAUGAAGUCAUCGAGCACACAAGCGACAUUAUCAAUCAGCACCCAGGUGUAAUGAAGGCUUUCUACCUUCGUGGGAAGGCCCAUGUGGAGGUGUGGAAUGAGGCAGAGGCUCGGCAGGACUUUAGCAGGGUGCUGGAUCUGGACCCCAGCAUGAAGAAGACCGUCAAGAAGGAGCUGGCAGUGCUUAACAUGCGUAUGGAGGAGAAAAACCAGGAGGAUAGGAACAAGUACAAGGGCAUGUUUUGA